AUGGAAAACGCUUCCAGGCCCCACGGCAACCGACCUUUAUGGGUUGGGUUCAAAAGGAUGUCAGUGGUUGUGUUCGGCUUUCCGGAAUUGUCCUCCUCUUGUCGCUCUCCUCGUCUUUUCUCUCUCAGAGUCGCCGUCGAACCAUCCCCAGUAUUCUCCAGCAAAGUGGCACUGGAAGUAGGGAUCCUCUUGAUCACCGAGCCCAACGGCGCCAGACUGGUCUGGGCUCGUCGGUCGCCGUCUGGCUGUGGGCUAUUAGGUUUCAUCGAGGGUUCCGAGAUACUCCGCGUGCCACGGUGUCUGGGGUUGCGUUGUGGAUAA